CCUACAAUGCACACGAGUUACACACACACACACACACACACACACACCCCGCAAGAAACGCGAGAGGAGCCAGUACCUAGCUAGCUUUGAUGGAGAGCAGGAGCGGCGCGACGGGAGGAGACCGCGGCCACCUCGACAACCACCGCCGGCAGGUGCUGCUGCUGAGGCCGGCUGCGGCAUGGAGCUACGCCUCCGCCAGCGGCGGCGUGUCGUGGCCGACGCAGAGGUCGCCGUCGUCUUCGUACACGUGCGGGUACUGCAAGAGGGAGUUCCGGUCGGCGCAGGCGCUGGGGGGCCACAUGAACGUGCACCGCCGGGAGAGGGCCAUGAUCCGCCACUACUACUCCUCCUCCUUCCCCGUAGCUCCGGCUCCAGCUCCGGCUGCUGUCCACAGGGACUGGGUGCCCAACCUCAACUUCUCGCCGCCGCAUUGCGCCGGUGGCGACUAUGGCGGCACAUCCACGCCGGCCCCGGCCGUCUACAGCUUCUUCUCCCCCGCGGCGGCCGCGGAGGGGGCGAAGGCUGCCUUGGCGGUGGACCUGGAGCUGGGGGCCGGAGGUUUGGAUCUUGAGCUUAGGCUUGGCUGCUCUUGAGCCUUACUCGAUCUUCUUGCCUUGACAUCCAUCGAUCUUUCUAUGUAGUAUGUCUGACAUGUGUGCAUCCGCGACUACGUAGGUAUGCAUGCAUGCAUGCAUUCUAAUGUUGGCUGGCUAGAAGACGAGUAAACGCAGUGAUGUUCUAACUAUGUAGUAUGUCGAUUUGGAGGAGUGUAUUUGUUCAAGCACGUGAACAACUUAUUGUAACUUGUAGCCUGAUUGGUUGGUUUGCAGUGAAAACCUAGAUCCUUUGGAACUUGUUCAGUUCAA